AUGGAAGUCACAGUAGAACGACGAUCAAUCACGAAGGAAGACUUAGAGCAACAACAAUUAUUAGCAAAAGCCAAAUAUGCAGCUACGAAGUUUGAUGCAGAACAAAAAUUCAACGAGAAUAUCACAAGAAGAAUAGCCCAGGACCAUCUUCAAUACGCAGCCGAACUUUUCCAAGAAGAUAUGAAGCAGCACUUCAUGACUUCCUUCGAAGCGAUUUGCAGUAUCCAGAACAAAUACUUAGAGCUAUGGCGCUCUAUCCUGCAUAUAGAACCAACUAUCGCAAUGAGGACUAUACUUGGAAGAGAAGACAUAGCUGCAAGAUUCGUAGGAGAACGAAUAGUACACAUCCACGCUUGUACAGAAAUAAAAACAGCGACUAUCUUCUAUAACCACACGGUCAACGGAACCUGUUAUCUCGAAACGCCUAUCACGACGAAAUCAGGUGAAAUGUUCUUCGCAUCACCAGGAUCACGGGAUGUUUUUCCCGUCGGAAAAGAAAUAUCAUGCGAUCAAGUACCAACAGAUAUUUGGCACGAUCAAGGAAAAUGGAUAAGCAUAAAUGGAUCAGUGGACGUAACACCCAUGCAACUAGCAAGAGGAUUCCAUCAAACGCAGAUCACGCCAAUCAAGUUCACAGGAGCGAAUCU